AUGAAAUCAUUGGAAGAUUUGAACGGAUGCGACAUUCUUAAUCGCGUUGAAAAGGCAUUGCGGUUGUGCGAACAGCAGCGAGCCUGCCAACAACACAUGCUUCAACUCUUGACAACUGUUGAACAAACUCUUGAGGCCACUAAAUCCGACUUACCGCGCACUCCUAAACUCACAGUACCGCAAAAUACGCCUUUAACUUCCCGUUAUUCACAACAGUGUAUUGGCAAAAUCAAUUCAAGUGAUGAUUCCGCACAACAAUUUCACAGUAAGGCGGAGGUCACUUCAUCGCUUCGUAAUGUCGUUUAUGUGCUUGAUCAACUCAACUACAGAGCCACUGCCGCGUUGUUAGACUUGUCAGCGCGCGUUAGUUGCAUCGACAAGCGGGUGCAGCACCUCACUAAUAUUUCUAAGAGAAAUGUGAUGGCAAUAAACGAGCGUAUGGAAAGAAUUAAGCAAGAAGCAGCGGUGGGAGCCACUUCAUUGGCUGUUAUGGCGACAGUUGUGCGUCUUGGUUGUAGUGAAUCCGAAAUGGAAUUCGCAUGCCACCGUGAGGAACAAAAUGGGGUUGGGAGCGUUGCAAUGCGGUCGGAACCCACUUGCAGUAGUGCCAUACGCACGGCGUGGAAAUCUCUUGAGGAGGCGGAGGCUUCCGCCAUUAUGAGUUCAGCUGAAGCUCAUGAAGCGGUAGCGAACACAACAUGUGGCCUCUUGCGUGCGAGUCUAAUGGAGGAAUUUAAGGCGCAACGUUAUUUUCCUUCGAAACGUGUUUGGCAACGGCGUCGUGACGGUCAGGCGGAGUGGAGUCGAAAACUGCGGGAAGCGGCUGCGCAGCGAAAAGUGACGGCGUGUGUGAAGUGGCAGCGCCACGAAAAGGCCGUUGAUGAGGCGAUGGAUGGCGAGUUCAUUGGGGAACUUUAA